AUUUGAAUUACACCUUUUACAUUGUGGAGGCAAGCUGACAAUAAGUGAACACCCAAAUGGUGUGUGUCCUGAAGGGUUUACAAAGAAGGAAGGUGAUAAGGUGUGCCAGAGACUACACUGUGGAAGUAUGAUGUCCUUCAGUACAGAAGAUGUUUCUCCUCAAGAAAAACCACAAGUACUUCUAAACUGUAAUCGUGAAAAGGAACUCCCAAAGUGCCUUAAACUCAAGGAAUGCCCUAACAAUAAAUAUAUUACGCUCUUCUGCACAUAUUACCAAACUAUAAACACGGGAGUACCAGUGCUACUUACUACAGCUCUCUCGAUUGGCCCCAUCCUGCUCCUUGCAGGCAUUGUACUCCUUGUGCUUUGGCUAAGGAGACGUAGAAAGCAGAAACAACCAGAAAAUACAGAUAAAAGGUUUUCAAUACAAAAUGGUAGUUUAUCUGACUAUGAAGAUAUUGAAGAUGGCUUUCCUGAUGAACUUCCUAUGGUGCGGCAAGGAUUAGAGAAUCAGCCAGAUUUAACACAGAAAGAGAAACUUGAAAAAUCAAGCCUCAGUGCCAACGGCUCAUACUUGUUGUUUGACACUGAUGGGGAAAUGGAGAAGAGAGUGGAACAGAAGGAUACUGCAAAGGGGUCUCAGGAAUAUAUUGCUAUGAAUGAGACAGCUUUUGACCAGGAAACACAGUUAGAUGAGGAUGGUGACAACCAGAUGUCUUUGGAGUUGCAGUUACAGGAUGAUUAUGAUGAUGUGGACUGCAUCAACAUUUCGGAGCAAAACCGUUCCUCACCACAGUUGAUUGAUGGAAAUGAAGAAGGGGAGCAAUAAAUUCAGACAAAUUACAGGGAAAAAGAAGAUCAAGGUGGGAAUCAAUUGGCUCUUCUUAAUGUCUAGCAGUUGAGCCAGAUACAACGUUGAAAGGCAACAGAAAACCAGCUGAACACAGAGAUACUGGAUGAAUGCAAGCAGAAAAUGUUGAGCUAUGCAAAUAUGUGAAAUUUAUUGCUCCAUACUAUAGUCAAAUUUGCUUAUUCCAUUUCACUGUAAAAUAUACAUUAUAUCUGUAAAAUAUUUUAGGAGGAAUAGCAUUUUUUAUAAAAGUUAACCAUUUUUUUGGUGUAUAAUGUCUUUGUGAAACUCAUCAAAUAUAACAAUCUGGAUGUCAAUAUCUUUUAAAUAAUAUUUAUAUACAAUAGAUGCUUUUGAAUUUUUACAGUAAAAAGUUUACAGUAUCUGAUUUCAACAUGAGAGACUGAAUGUGUAGCACCACAACAAUUUCUCUCUGUGAAUCAGAAAACAUUUAUUUUAUACACCUAUAGCAAUAUAGCUUUGAUUGUAACUUGAAGCAAAUUUGAUUGUAUUUGUUAAAGCUUAUAAAAUCUCAAGGACAGUGAGCUUGCUUUUUUAAGUUGGUUUUUGAAUAAUUUCAAAUCAGGAUGUAAUAAAUUGCCAUUGUAUAAAAAUCUAAAAUCUACAUCAAAAUCUACACCCAUUUCUUCAGCCUUGCCUUCCCAGUUCAGCAAGAUGCUGACUGCAAGGCUUACUGUAUCAUCAUCCUGCCUUUGUCUGCACCUCUCACUUUGAUUUGUUUCAAAACAAUCACAUUGAAAAGGUUGUGAUACAGUAUAUCAGUAUUUUGGCUUUCAUUCACAACUUGUUCACUGAGUCUCUUGAGACUGAGUUCAUUUGGUUUUCUGCAGCAGAAUUGUCUUACUUUUGGUUAGUAUUUUAACCUUUCUACAGUUUUCUCUCUCACCGUUAUGAAUUUUGACCAGUGCAUAAUUGAGUGCUGGUUACCAUUUUGUUCAUGUUUGCUUAAUUUAGUUAUUCAUCUGCUUUUGAUUAUGUUUUUCUGUCUUUCAUUUUUUUUCAAGUUUCACAUUUUUAAUUCUUGAUGACUAUGACUCCAUGCUCUUUAGCAGUUGGAAUCAUAUUGACAGAGUCUCUUUUUAACUUUAUUGCCCUUUUGAAAGAUUGAGUUGAAUCCACAGUUUCAGGCAAAAAUCUCCACAGUCUGGAAAGGAACUGUAGACCAUGACUGGAGACUAUCAGUUUUGUUAGGCCAUGCAUAUCAAAUAGAUAGUCAUAGAUUCCUUGUUCAAAGAAAGUUUUUUUAGGAGCACAAAGUCUUUGAAAAACAGUU